AAGCCAAGCCUUAAAACAUUGAUGCGAAACUGAGCAUCGAACGAAGAAGAGGAGAUAAAGCGAAGAACAAAAAAGGAUUGAAGCGAAAAACAUUCAACAACAAUUUGUUGAAGCAAAAUCUUUACAAUCAAUAUCGAUUUAAUUCAGAAAAUCUCAACUUUCUACGAUUUUGAAUUCAAUUUUCCUCUUUUUUUUUUUUUUUUUUUCAAAGUUAGGGUUUUGUAUCUAGAACCCUAACUCAACUGAAAUUGAAGAAAUUGUGUCAAUAUAAAUUGGGGCUUUUGCUUUAAUUGAAUUUUCGAUAAGUUAUAUUGGAGGAUCUGAUUCAUCCACCGUGUGAUCAUCGUUAAAAAGUUCGUCAAUUGUUGCACCGAGCAAGUGAAGCACCGUCAUUGUGCUAAUUUUAGUCAAUUUAUUGGGGUUUUUUCUUAGUGAUUGAUUAUAAGUUGUGAGUUGUGUUUUAGCAUUGGGAAGGUAGCAUGUCCUUGGGAUGCUUUUGUGAAAUGAUCUUCAUAUGGUGAAACUGAUGCACUUUCAGGCUUUCGGCAAUCUUAGAGUUGAAAAUGAAUGUGACGCGUGGGUCGGGUCAGAUAUCCGACCAGGUACCUAACCAGACUAGUAAUCAGUUGCCUGGUCUACCUCAGCAGAAUGUAAAUGCAUUCCAUACACAGGUGCAGAAUCCAGUUGGUCAAAGUCAUCCAUCGGUAAUGGAUCCUGAAAUUUUGAGAAGUCGGCGUUACAUACAAGCUAGGAUUUGUGAUAUUCUAAUGCGGAGGCAGCCACAAAAAAAUGAAUAUAUUUUAAGGAAAGUUCAAGAAUUAUCAAAACGCUUGGAAGAGGGGGUAUUUAAAUCAGCUGCGACGAUGGAAGAAUACAUGGACAUGGAUACACUUGAGCUCCGUGUACAGGCCGUAAUUAAGCGGUCUAAUCAUGCUCCUCAACCUUCGCAGUUUAUGAAUACUCCAACUCCUGUUGGUGCAAUGAUACCCACACCUGGUAUGCAACAGCAACACAAUAUAAAUUCAAAUGUGAGGGUAUCUUCAGCAGUGGAUCCUUCUAUCACGAUCACAAGUAGUGGGAGUGGCAUGUCCUCCUCAAUUUCAGUUCCAGGCACAGGGGGCUUGAUGCCAAAUUCCAAUGGAUCAUUUUCCAACAUUCGUGGUGGUGCUUUCCAUGGAGCUGAUAGAUCUCUUUCAAAUGGUUACCAGCAAUCAGCAUGUAGUUUCCCCAUGAAUUCUAGCAGUAACAACGUAAUGGCUGGGCAGAGCGUUAUGAGCCACAUGAUUCCUACUCCUGGGUUUAGUAGUAAUAACAAUAAUCAGACAUUAAUGAAUGUGGACAACACUAGCAAUGGUGGUGUAUUAUCUAGUGUUGAUUCUUUGGGUGUGUCACAGCAGGUGCCGGAAAAACAUGUUGGUCAAAAUAGUCGCAUGUUACAGAACCAUGGCCAUGCGGUGAACAAUGGUAUGCAGGCGAGACUCCAAAAUGGCUCUGGGAACAGUGGAUUUGGGAACAAUGUACAAUUGAUGAAUGGUUCAGGCUCUCCAGAUAGCUAUUUGGUGACACAACCUUUUGGUGCUUCUCCUAGACCUUUGCAACAGUCUCAUGAUUCUCAUCAACAUCCUGCUGUGCAAAGUGAUGCAUACAGGAUGAGCUCUUCUGAUUCCAAUGGAAGUGGGAAUUCUGCUCAGGUUGGUUCCUUGAUCAACAAUCAAGGUUCACAUCAAAUGAGGGCACAGAGUAGAUCUAAUUCUUUAAUGAGUCAAACAAACGCCCAAGCUGCACAAUCAGCUUCAUAUCUAAGGCCUCAGUUGAUGGAACAGGUAGAAAAGUUAAAUUUCCAAUCAUCACCUAGAGAAAAUCAUUCACAAUCGUAUUCAAAACAGUAUCAACGUCAGACUCAUCUGUUGCCACAGCAGCCGCAGAUUGCUAUGAGUCGUCAACAGAUAUAUUCCAACGAGCAGAAACAGUCUUUCGGAAGAAGUGAUCAAUUUGCUCAGUUGCAAACUGCAUCUGAUCUUGGCGGUCAAGUAAAGUCUGAAACAGGAAUAGAGCAUUCAAGUGAGGUUCUUCAGCCACAAAUUUCAUCUGGGCAGCUCCAGUUUCCAGAUUUACGCCGCCAACUCCAUAAUGCAAAUGGAAUUCAUACCAGAACUUCUCAUUCUUCUGUUCCACCUGUGGCUCAUGAUAUGCACUCUUCACUCUUGCAAAAUACUCAGCGGAUGAUGGUUGAUGAGGCUACAAAUGAAUACAAUAUUACACCUUUUGGUGCACAAUCAGAUGCACUGUUGCAUAGUAAAUGGCACUCUGAGGUUGAUCGAUCAUCAUUGACUGGAAAUUUGUCCCAUGAAAAACAUGUACAAGAGGAGUUCCGUCAGAGAACGGUGGGGCAUGCUGAGGCUCAGUGCAAUGAUCUGGCUUCUGAAGUAUCUAGUUUUGGCCAAACUGUUGCUACACGGUGUGCCGUAGACCAAGCCAGAUUAAUUGGUGUAUCUGAUAGUUCUGGGAUUCAAUCACGUGAGGGCCAAUAUAAGAAUCAACAAAGGUGGCUUUUGUUCUUGCGCCAUGCGCGUAGUUGUCGAGCAUCUGUAGGAAAAUGUGUAGAACGUACUUGUUGCCUGGCACAGAAGCUAUUGAAGCAUAUAGAUAUCUGUGACGGUUCUUGUUCAAUUUCUCGCUGUUCCCCUACCAAAAAUCUACUAAAUCAUUAUAAGCAUUGUAGGAAUCCGAAAUGCCCUGUUUGUGUACCUGUAAGUAAUUAUAUUCUUUCACAAAGAAAUUUAUAUCCUCGAAAGGAGUCUGAUUCUGGGUUGCAGCACUCAGUUACUGGAAGUUGCAAAUCAUCUGAAGUUGAUCCAGCAAAGGUUACUGACAUUUUAAAAUCUUCUGAAGUACUGGAACCUCCAGAAAUCCAACCUGGUGUCAAACGCUUAAAGCUGGAGCCUCCAUCUGCCAUUCCUGAGAAUGGAAGCUCAUUUGUUCCAGUCAAUGCGAAUAAAAGAUCUAAUGCUUUUCAACAUGUACAACACAAAGAAUAUGAAAAGAAGGAUAGCAGUUUACUGGUUAAGUGCGAGUUUUCAGAUGCGAAGAUUGAGAAUUCAGUUGGUUCAAAUUCUAAUGUUACUGAGGUGAAGAACAGUAUAAUUGAUUCUUCUAAUCAGCCUUUGGAUGCUACAUGUUUUCCGGUUAAGGAAGAAAGUGUCAAAAUUGAAAAGGACAGUGGCGUAGUGAAACCAGAAGAAGUGGCUCCUUCUGAAGUAGGAACAAAGUCUGGAAAGCCCAAGAUUAAAGGAGUGUCUUUAACUGAGCUGUUCACUCCCGAGCAAAUAAGGGAGCACAUUACUGGUCUUAGGCGGUGGGUUGGGCAGAGCAAAGCGAAGGCGGAAAAGAAUCAAGCAAUGGAAAAUUCAAUGAGUGAAAACUCCUGUCAGUUAUGUGCUGUUGAAAAGCUCACAUUUGAGCCACCUCCUAUCUAUUGUACUCCAUGUGGUGCUCGCAUAAAGAGAAAUGCAAUGUAUUACACUAUUGGAGCUGGCGAUACACGUCAUUAUUUUUGUAUUCCUUGCUAUAAUGAAGCCCGUGGUGAUACAGUUUCUGUUGAUGGAACUCCUGUUGCCAAGGCAAGGCUGGAGAAAAAGAAGAAUGAUGAGGAGACAGAAGAAUGGUGGGUUCAAUGCGAUAAAUGUGAAGCUUGGCAGCAUCAGAUCUGCGCUUUGUUUAACGGAAGACGAAAUGAUGGUGGUCAAGCUGAAUACACAUGUCCUUUUUGUUAUAUGCAAGAGGUUGAAAAGGGGGAACGUAUGCCAUUGCCACAGAGUGCUCUUCUUGGGGCAAAAGAUUUGCCAAAAACAAUUCUCAGUGACCACAUUGAACGUCGACUAUUUAGACGAUUGAAACAAGAGAGACUAGAAAGGGCAAGAGUUCAAGGGAAAACUUAUGAUGAGAUUUCUGGAGCGGAAGGAAUUGUUGUCAGAGUCGUGUCUUCUGUUGACAAGAAGUUGGAAGUGAAGCCGCGAUUUCUGGAAAUUUUUAGUGAAGAGAAUUAUCCUACCGAAUUUCCUUAUAAAUCUAAGGUAGUUUUGCUUUUUCAGAAGAUUGAAGGAGUAGAAGUGUGCUUAUUUGGCAUGUAUGUUCAAGAAUUUGGCUCAGAAUGCUCACCACCUAAUCAGCGUCGUGUCUAUCUUUCAUACCUUGAUUCAGUAAAGUAUUUUAGGCCUGAUGUAAAAACGGUGACCGGAGAGGCUCUUCGUACUUUUGUAUAUCAUGAAAUAUUGAUAGGGUACCUUGAAUACUGUAAGAAGCGAGGUUUUACAAGUUGUUAUAUUUGGGCAUGUCCACCUUUGAAGGGUGAAGACUAUAUUUUGUAUUGUCAUCCAGAGAUACAGAAAACACCAAAAUCUGAUAAAUUGAGAGAUUGGUAUUUGUCGAUGCUAAGAAAAGCUUCAAAGGAAAAUAUUGUGGUUGAACUUACCAACUUAUAUGAUCAUUUCUUCAUUCAAACUGGUGAAUGCAAUGCCAAGGUCACAGCAGCUAGGCUCCCGUACUUUGAUGGUGACUAUUGGCCUGGCGCUGCUGAGGAUAUGAUUUAUCAGAUUAUUCAAGAAGAAGAGGGCAGAAAACUCAACAAGAAGGGAACAAUGAAGAAGACUAUCACAAAGAGAGCUCUUAAAGCAACUGGGCAAUCAGAUCUUUCAAGCAAUGCAUCAAAGGAUUUUCUUUUAAUGCAUAAACUUGGCGCCACAAUUUCCCCCAUGAAGGAAGAUUUUAUUAUGGUCCAUUUGCAGCAUGCAUGCACUCACUGUUGUUUGCUAAUGGUUUCCGGCAACUGUUGGAAGUGCAAUCAGUGUAAAAACUUUCAGCUCUGUGACAAAUGCUAUGAAACAGAACAAAAGCGUGAUGAUAGAGAAAGGCAUCCCAUCAACCAAAAGGACAAACAUGAGCUUCAUAGAAUUGAGAUCACUAAUGUGCCAGAUGAUACCGAGGACAAAGAUGAGAUUCUUGAGAGUGAAUUUUUCGACACCCGACAGGCCUUCUUAAGUCUUUGUCAGGGAAAUCAUUACCAGUAUGAUACUCUACGUCGUGCUAAACAUUCCUCCAUGAUGGUGCUUUACCAUCUUCAUAAUCCUACUGCCCCAGCAUUUGUUAUAACAUGCAACUUAUGCCAUCUUGAUAUCGAGACGGGUCAAGGUUGGCGUUGUGAAACAUGUCCAGAUUAUGAUAUAUGUAAUUCUUGUUAUCAAAAGAAUAGAGGUAGCGAGCAUCCUCAUAAGUUGACGAACCAUCCUUCCUUGGCUGAUCGUGAUGCACAAAAUAAGGAAGCUAGACAACUACGUGUUGUACAGCUCCGGAAAAUGCUUGACCUACUAGUGCAUGCAUCACAGUGCCGUUCACCACACUGCCAGUAUCCUAACUGUCGGAAGGUUAAGGGGCUUUUCCGUCAUGGGAUACAGUGCAGAAUCCGUGCAUCUGGGGGUUGUGUUCUAUGCAAGAAGAUGUGGUAUCUUCUUCAACUUCAUGCUCGAGCAUGUAAAGAAUCGGAAUGUCACGUACCUCGAUGCAGAGAUUUAAGAGAACAUCUAAGACGAUUGCAACAACAGUCCGAUUCUCGUAGACGAGCAGCUGUGAUGGAAAUGAUGAGACAGCGAGCCGCAGAAGUCGAUCGCAAUUCUAAUUAAACUUCGUGUACAUAUAUUUCGGAAAAGUUAUCCAAGCACCUCAUAGAUGUUGGUAAAUUCUGAAGUAUACUCUGACAUCAACAAGAGGCAGAGACCUCUGUACAGUUUGAACAUGAAGUCAUAUUUCCUAUAUCAUAUCUCCUGCCUCCGAACGUCGUCCUCUGAAGAUACUUGUAAAAUUCUUUCCCUGCAUCGUGCGUGAAACAGUAAUUUUAUCGGAAGAACACAACGUUUUUCUUCAGAGAACUCAUCCUCAAAGCUUACCAACAUCUCAUGAUAACCGAGCACCAGUGUUAGUGUUCAUCUUUUUGUCGUAGAAGAAACGGUGAUUCUUUGAUUCUAUCCUUGUCUAUUUUCCUGCAAUGCCAUUGUUGGCAAGUGCUCUAUAGUAACGCCUUUACUUAUGUCGUUCAAAGGUUUUUUGUGCAAUGAGAACGCAUGGGGCGUCUACAGCGCCGUGCUUUUUGCUUCCUAUAUGUUAUCCCCUUUUUGUAAAAAAAACAAUACUCUUUUCAAUCUUAAAGAAAAAGUGGUUCUAUCUGAAA